CCGAGAAAGCACCAGUGCAUCCACGAUGUUUUCUUUCCUUCGGGCCAGCAUUCCGCUUCUACUUGCGGCGACGGCAGCCCGCUGUCAAGCAGCAACCGUCAAUGAGACGACCCUGUGCCGGUCCUCCGCCAUUGCAGACGUGUCGAAACAUGACUGGCGGGCGAGCUCGAGUGCGGCCACCAACACGAGCAUCCUGGGCCUGGAUCUCUGCGGGAUAGCAGACGGUCCCGUCAUCAUGAACGCACUCUUCAUGUGAACGCACGCAUGGAGCCACAACCAUGCAUGCCGUUUGCCUGCAUGCGCGUCUUUCUCUCGUUUGUGCGUGUGUGUCUUGGCGUGUGGGGCAGUGCGAUUGGCCACAACAUCGAUGUGGGUCCUUCCGUCCAGAUCCUCAGAGCCUUCAAAUUCAUAUGCCGCCUCGCCGGCAACGGCCUGAAACAGCUGGACAAAGACACAAUGAAGCUGGCAAACGCCCUGAAGAACGAAAGCGGAAAAAAGCAGGCGAAGGCGCUGGAUGUCACUCGCCGAAGCGUAGACAUGGUAUGAAAAGCCCUGAAGCACUUCGGCGAGACACGCACAAACAAGCGACCAUUUCAUGCACGUACGUGUCUCUUCGGUAUGUAUGCAGUGGGCGAAAGAAAUCUCAUUUGCAAUGCGUCAUAUUACCUCCAAGACGCGGCGCGGCUUGAAGGACGAGAUCUGCCUGAGGGACUGGAACCGACCGGAGGGACAGGUAGGCGAUCUUCUCACAGCGGGAUGACAUGGCCGGAUGUCCUCGUGCAGGAGUGUCCCAAGGAAAUGCCGCGGCUGUGUGCCUUCGGGUAUGAGUGCUCCCUGUCAACUUCCAAGUGCGUUCAAUAUCAGUACAUCACCGCGGUGAGGGCACACGUCAGCUUAGUUGAAGACAUACUCAGGCUGCCUUGUUGCUUCCGACGUUCCCCAUGGCUGCAGAUGGACACAAUCGGCGCCCCGAUCUACGUGCUGUCGUACCUGAUGGCCAGCCCCGUGUUGCUACCGGGCUCCAUGACAGCCCGCACCGUGGCCUGGUUCUUGAGGCACAAGUACCUCUUCUACGAACUUGCACAGAUACACCAGGAGGUCAGCUUACUAAACCAGCCGCCCACCGACGACGGACACACGACGUCGGAUAACCACAUUGGCUUUCAUGCUGGUGUGUGUGCAGGUGCAUGAUGAGGUAUUUCAUGAGCUGCCCAAGACGAGGGGGGUCAUGUUCGAAGACGACCUCGACCAAAUGGCCCAGCAAGUCACAAAGCUCGCGUGAGUAAGCCAUACAUGCACCCCGUGCCAGCACGCACGCACAGCGGGAGACACAACAAAAUACAUCUCAGGACUCGGCCACCUGCCCUCCCUCUGUCUGUUCGUGUCUCCUCCCUCCCUCCCUCCCUCCCUCCCUCCCCCUGCCAGUUGGCUUGGGUGGAUCGUGUCGUCGGGACUUCCCAUCUACGCCACCAUCCAGGUAGACAGUAGAGCAGAAGGGGGCCGGCCGGCCUCACGUGUGUUCCCAACCCCCCCUUCAUGCAAUGCAAUGCACCCACCUACCUACCUACCUCCUAACACAUGCUUUGUGUUUUCUCCUCCCAGUGGCUCAUCAUUGGCCCCAGUGCCCCGAGGUCAGCCAGCCGCACUAAUGCAUUUGGGUGGGGUGGGUGGAUGCGAGCAUGCCUGGUGGUGCAGCACUCUGGCGGCCGGUCUGUCUCUGUGGGAUUGGCUUGAGAAAUGGGACGAAGUCAUUUGGUCCAAGGUCACAGACGCAUGUGCCUCGGCAGUCAACCACAUCACGGAGAAAUUCGUCGAGAUCGCGGUGGGCGAGGAGGUGAUGGCUUUCAUAGCGGCCGAGGAAGCAGAAGCGGAUGGGCAGCACGAGGCCGUCGUCGAGGGACCGCUGAAGGAUAUAUUCCGGCUGAAAUUCCACAGGGAAGACUGCGUCUACACCGACACACACGCGCCCAAGAGUUUGGUGCCUUCCCGUGCCUCCGGCCCCGUGGGCUGCCCUCUAAAUGAUGAAUUCAAGGAUGCGGAUCGAGAGCUGACGCAGCGGGGGAAGGAGAUGCGGUCUGGGAUCCAGCGUCGGCAAGAGGCCGUGGAAAGAGAAGAGUUGGGCAUGCAGUGAGGGAGGGAGGGGAAGCGGGAAGGCUUGACAGAUUGGGAGAGAUUGAGAGAGACACUGUCUG